AUGACGGCAGCUGCGUAUGCGAAGGAUAUAUUAUCUAGGAUACCGCCUAACAAGAUCGAAGCCCAGAGAAAGAUUGUUGACGUACUGCUAGACCUGAAAGAUGACGUUAAGCACGUAUCGAAAGGUAUCGAUAAAAUCCUUCACAAGCAACACAGCGAAGAAGACAGGGACAUCAUUCAGUGGAUCACAGCUAUCGACUAUGCACCACAGCAGCAUGAUUUCCUCAAGCGGCGACAACUAGGAAUUGGUCAGUGGCUCUUGGAAUGCACCGAGUUUCAACAGUGGCUUAAGGAUGCCAAAAGAGGACUCUUCUGCCCCGGUAUUCCCGGAUCAGGGAAAACAAUCAUCACAGCAAUUGUGAUCGACCAUCUCUCAACCAAGUUCCAAGAACAAAGCGAUAUCGGCAUUGCUUUCAUCUUUUGCAAUUUCCGGCGGCAUCACGAACAGACAUUGGAGGACCUAUUAGCUGCUUUGCUGAAACAAUUGACCCAACAACAAUCCGUUGUGCAGAGCGGCGUGACAGAACUUUACAACAGCUGCAAAAAAAAGGGCGGACGGCCCUCUGUCGAAAAGCUGUCCACAGCUUUACAGUGUGUGUCUGCUCUCUUUAGCCGCACCUUUCUUAUUAUUGAUGCUCUUGACAAAUGUCAAACGACCAGCGGAUGUCGUAAUGCAUUUCUCGACGAGAUGCUCAGCCUACAAGCACGCUGUGGGACAAACCUAUUUAUGACGUCACACUUUAUCCCGGAAAUCGCCGGGUCUCUGGAUUCUCAGGCGACUCUUGAGAUCCGUCCGAGUGAUGACGAUGUACGGAUAUCUAGAUGGCCGCAUGUCGCAACUACCAGGGUUUAG